UUGGAGUGACGUUUACAAAUUCUUGUCCGGUGUCGUAAAUUUUCGAAAAAAUACGCCACGCAGCAUGGAAGAUCCACCGGCUUCCGGAAUGGACUCCAAGAAACCCAGUUCCGAAGAUGAAAUCACAUCUUCAACGGACCGGCGACCGUUUGGAGGGCUGGAAUUCCAAGUUUCCGAAGUAGUUGGUAGGCUAGAAGCUGGAGUGAAUGCCCAGGACGCUGUGCUAAACCCCCAGGAUGCUGAAGUUAACUCCCAAGAUGCUGAAGUGAACUUCCCCGAUGCUCCAGAGAUGAACAAAAAGGAGCCGCGUAAAACUAUUCCUGGUUUCUUUGAGCCAGAUGAAACGCCAAUGGACGAAAUUUUAAAAGUUUUGGAAGACAUAGUGAUGAAAACUGACCCCAGCUGUGAGAGUAUGGAACCUCCUUUACUCCCGACGGAUGCUGUGACUCGAGCGGCGAUUCUAUCGCACAGUAUUGCGGCUUUGUUCGCAAGAUUAGAACGGAGCCAUGCUUCCAAAUUAGGGGGCUACAUAGCCAGUGAAACUACACGAUGGAUGUCAUAUCUGUUUAGGUUGGAAGACUAUAAUGCUUAUUAUCACCAAGAACAGUUAGAAGGCUUAGUCCGUGUUACAAAGAUGUUGCUCCACCAUAGAUAUCCCCGGUAUUUAGAAGAUGGAGCAUUAGCGUUCGCGAACCGCCUCCCCUCGAUAUACAGUUGCGUGGCGAGCCCUUUGGGCGUGGUUCAGCAUUUGUGUCGACAGCUCGGCUUGCCGCUCGCCUGCGUUCGACCCGUGCCCGUGGAUUCUUCAGGUAAGAGUUUGGAUCUGGAAGCGCUGGAUCGUCUCUGCGAGGAGGACGUAGCAGCUAAUCGCACCCCCCUCCUGGUUCUGGGUGAAGUGGGGGGGCCGCCACUAGGUUGGGGCACGCCACUCGCGGCCCUCGCCGCGCUUUGCACUAAACGCAACGUGCAUCUACACGUCAGAGGCCACGCACUUGCGCUUCCCGUAGCUUUACCUAGAGGACAGAAAUACAGCAUAGCAGACUCUCUUACAUUAACGCCGGGGCCCUGGUUUGGUGUGCCGGGAUUACCGACUGUUACAUUUUAUAAAAUACCAGAAAGUAUUACAGCAAACGAUCAUUCCAAAGGAGUAAAUCCGGCAGGUAGUAGAGAAAUCGCUUUAGCCGCGCUGGCUGGGCUGACGGCGGGCUCGGCGCGACUGGCCGCGUUGCCUCUGUGGACGUGCGCACGAGCCGCAGGCGAGAACAGACUUACUAGGCGGAUUGUCGCCGCCUUUCGCUCCGCCAGAGCCGCGCGGGCGUUAAUAGCCAGUGCUGACUUACGGCUUUUAAGCGAUCGGCCUGGUGGUGAUGAACCUCCGAACGUUGACUAUGUGGAAGCAAUAUCGCAAGCGUCCGCCUGCGUGGCUUUCCAAUUCGCACCGCCAGAUGUGGACAAACCACCGCCCUACUACGACAAACUGAACUCCUGGCUGGGACAGGUUCUACAGAGGGAAGCCGAUAUGAUCAGCAUAGAAGUAUGCGAAACGGAAGCUCACGGCGUAGUCCUGCGAUACUGCCCUCUAGAAGGUUCUCUUCUAGAGGAAGACCGCGUGGAAGCGUGGGCGAGCGUUCUAGAAGGACAGUUACACGUACUGCACGCGACAGUAGCUUUACGGGAGCCGUUCCAGCAAAGUGUGAAGGAGCAUCCCUGUUUGACCUUGGUGCACGUGCCUGGAUGGGCGGGCCUCGGCGGUGUACGCUACAUACCUCCAGGUUGGGACGAAGCACCGCAAGAAGAACUGAACAAUUUAAACAAACAGCUAGUUGAAACUUUAAGAGCCACUGACGGUGCCUUCUCUUGUGGAGAUGGAGAAGACGGGAUGGCUUGUGUGAGAUUUGGCAUGGUGACGGCAGACACAGAUGUUGAGGAAUUGCUGGAUCUAGUGAUAUCGGCGGGGAAGGAUGUCGAGAACAAUUCAAAAGCUCUUGUUGAUAUGACGGAGGUUGUCAAAAAAGGCAUAACAGCGGCACAGGAGGAAUUAGCCCGCGAAGCGUGGCAGGAAGGCUUGUUACGGCGAGUCCCAGUUGUGGGCCGCGUAGUGUCAUGGUGGGCUCCGCCCGCGCCUCCCGCUGGCCGACGGUUGUUAUUGGCUAACGGGACGUUACAGACCACUGAAGACAUAUACAGACGCGUACAAAAGAAAGAGACGGAAGAACCUGCGCGUGCGCAUUCUCCCUCGCGGCCAACUCAGCAAGAACACAAAUAGCAUUACACCAGUGAGUCGCCUCACACACGCAUCCAUACGAACCUAUUGUAUAAACGAUAAGCUACCUUAUAGUGUACUUUAUAAAGUCUUAAGUUGCAUAACAAAAAGGAGAAAGGCAACUGUAUAGUAUUAUUACUAGUGAUUUACCUCACUUAUACAUAGGUAUCUAUAGUUCAAACGUUAAGCGAUAAGCAUGUUUAUAUCGAAGCAAAUAACGUCUAGAAUGACAAAAAAAAGGAAUUACAACAAUCACACAUACAAAUCCAUUAUCCAUUUAUAAAUGAUAAUCAACCUUAUGAGUAUAUAAAUAAAGUCUAAGGAAAUGCAAUAGGAAACCAAUGUCCUUACACAUACAAAUCUGAUCUUCAAUUGAUGGCCAUCAUAUUUCUUAAUGUAUGUGGUUUAGAAUAGCAAGCUUAUUUAUUUAUCUCCGAGAAGGCUUAUAAUGGCCAAAUUCUCUUUUCGUGUAUGAAACAACAUAAGGCAAGUUUUUUUUUCAUAUGAGAUUGAAGUUGUGCAAAUGAUAAUCAACCGUAAAGUUAUGCAAUAAGGUCUGAUAUGCUAUAUGGUCUGAAACAGUGCAAUAAAAUGAACCCUAUUGCGGCGUGCUAAAAUUGAAAAUAACAUUGUGAUAGUGAAUAAGAAAAUUAUAAGGCAAGGCAGCCGAGAGAACGAUUUAAUAAAUCGAUAGUUUUGUCCACGUAUAUUGUAUACUUAAACGUAUUCCUAUAAUAAUAUGCUAGCAAUAAUUGUAGUUACUAUAAUAAAUGUAAAUAUUUAUAUAGAAUAUAUCUUCCCCCCCCCUGAUCACGAAAAAAACUUAAGUAUUUUUGUUGACGCAUCUGUACUAAUUAAAAAGGAAAAAAUAAAUAAAAAAAUAGCAACACCCUCUAACAUGGUCGUGCGUAUAGAAAAUAAAACUAAAUUAAAAAAAAUACAAUAGUGAAUCUAUUGUAUUUUUUCUAAUCUAUUUAACUAUUCAUGUGAUUACUACAGCUGUAGUUAUUUUAGCUUUUAUAUUAUGGCGUAGAAUAUACUAUUGUAGAAUAGUAAAUAGUUUUAACUUAGAUUAAAAAAGUCCACUAGGCUUGGAAACACAAAAAUUAAUGUUAACUAUACUAAGUAAUGCCUUAAUUUAUUAUUAUUAGAAAUGAUUAACGUCUCGUUAACACAUGGAAGAUAAAACAAAAUUUAACGGGAUUUUUUGUAAAUUUAUAAUUUCGUAAAUAUUUCCAACUAUGCCACUGUCUACAGCGUAGCUAAAUUUAAGACCCAAAUAAUGUAAAAUCCACUGUCGUGAGUUUUCGACUUAUAUGUUUAUUGUUUAUGUAACAAUUUGAAUCGUACCCAUAAAGAUUAAUGUAAUAUAUACGCGCCCGAUAAAAGGUUGGUUUCGGUUGUAUAUAAUCUGUAACGUCAAAGUAAAAUGGUAUUUAAUUAUCUAGUUUUAAAGCUCAUUUUCAUUCACACUUCUACAGCAUUUAACGUUACAGUAAAAAAACAGGUUAAGAGAAAUUGAGACUGUAAAACGAAUACCAUUAGGUCCAUAUUCCUUUUACGUUAGAGUGUUUCAAGCAACCCAACGAUCGCGAGCUUGCCGUGGUUAAUAUUCGAAAAUAUAAUUUUUAUUUUACUUAAUGGAAUGGAAAUUAACAAGAGUUUACAGAAACCUUAACUAAUAAUACUGAGGAUGAUUUCAAUGAUCCAUAAGUAAACCGGCUACGGCUAUAGCGCGUUAUACACAUUACUACGUGUGAUUACUUUUAAUUAUUUAAGGUGUUUUAGUUCAAAUUAUAUUCCAAAUAUAGGUUUAUAGGUUAGGACCCUUAUUAAAAAAGAGUCUUAAGAAGAAGUUUAAGAAAAAAUCUUCUUUACGCGCUUUCGAACUGAUGAACUAACUCACGAAAAUCGAAACGAGCGAGGUUAAGGCUGGGAUCUAUAAAGCGUAAUUAGACUUCGUCAAAAUUAGUCUUAGAACGAUUUUAUAUUAUUAGAUACUUUUGUCAGAAUUUCUUAAUAAUGUAAACAAUAUUUUCAUUACAUUUGAAUUUUUUGUCUAAAAUAUCUCUGUCUCUCGCAAUUGAUUGAUUUAAACUUUCGAUAGUGUAUAUAUAAAAGCUUCUUUUAAGAGCGAGUAUAACAUAGUAACUCUUUCAUAAGGAAGUUUUGAUUGCGUUUUAUAAUCUACGAUUGAUUAUACAGGUCGAUACAGAUCAUCAAAAAAUGUGGCAAGUCGCGACAUACCUGUAAAUGAAAAGAUUACAUUUUCACUUCGGAGUGGUCAAUUUUGGUGCAUGUUAAUUCAUAAGUUUCUAAUUAAUAUAUAAACUAUAUAUACUGAUUUAUUAUUUCCUUAUUUAAUCAUUAUUUAUCAGUGUUGUAUUGUGUAUCUAUAUCACGGAGACAGUAGGUGUUCUGCACGCAAAUUUUUUUGUACUAAGCAGUGUAAGUACCUUACAUAGGUACUUACACUGCCUAGUGUGAAAUUUUCUCAUUCAUCUAUACUCCAUUUUUUCUUAAAUGUCUUAUUAUGUAAACAAUAUUGAAGUAAUAAAAAUAUUUCAGUCUAAAGAUCUUUCAGAAAUUAUUAAAACCUAAUAAAAUCAUACAUACAACGGACAUGAAUUAAUGACAUCUGCAUA